AUGAUGGCUUCCCUCUCGAUGUCUGGGUACUUUGAAAGGACUUGGGUACUGCUCACCGUCCUGGCCCUGCUGCAGUGCAGCUCGGCCCAGUUCUGCUCCUUCUGGACUUCAGACUGUAUUGAGCCCCUUGCCCAAGUCGCCGUUCCUUUUAGCUUCCAGCCACUAUUUCCCGACCCUAUCACCCUAUUUUACGGCUUCGAUGCGCUCUCGUCAGGUAAAGGUCAGAGUCCCAUGACCAAGACCGCGUUCUGGCUGGGAUAUCAAGAUCGGAACAUCAACAAAACCGCUAUCGAUACAAACCGAACAACUGAGAUCGGCUUCCGUAUUGGGAACAUCACAGGCUCGCCGUCCGGCGGUAACAAUGGAUGUGACGGCCUUUGGAGCGAAAACUGUACCCGGGAUCUCAAGAACAGCAUUCAGAGGGGCAUUUUCCAUCUUCCUCCGCCCAUCGAUCGUCAUCGUCGACCGCUGGCAGCUGUUCUUGAGCAUAUGAUGUGGAAUCCUCCGAAAUUGGAAUCGUGUCCACCGCAACUAUUCAGGGAUGUUGCCUCGAUUCCAGUACAGGACUUCAUUCGAGAGAGUGUGCCGCAGCAAAAUGUCACAGUCAUGACUCCUGGUUCGGGAUAUAAUCCUUGGCAAGUAUGGUACAUUGAUGAUAUGACAUCACGCCAACAGGCCUCACAAGUCGCGAUUGGGAUAAUCACCCGCUCUCCGACCUACGACAGCGAACCACCGCACAGUCCCGAUGACGUUCAGGUCGAGCUUGUCUGCGUGCAGGCGCCGCGAGCUCCACCUUCGGGUUCGUCAAAUAGCGAUGAUUAG